GCCAUGAGCAGCCCGGCCGCGCUCCGCGAGGGCUACGAGCACUUCGACCCCCGCGCGUACCUGCGCAACAAUUACCUCCCGCCCCGCGCUGACUUCUCCUCCGAGGAGUUCGUGGUGCCCUGGAAGCUGCGAUGCCUGGCUGAGACCUUCGCCAGCGGUGAGAUCCGGGGCCGGACGUUGAUCGAUGUGGGCUCGGGCCCCACCAUCUACCAACUGCUGAGCGCCUGCGACCACUUCGAGGAGAUCGUGGCCACCGAUUACCUGGCGGUGAACCGGGAGGAGCUGGGCCGGUGGGCGCGGGGAGAGCCCGGAGCCUUCGACUGGAGCCCCUUCAUCCAGCACGUCUGCAAGAUCGAGGGGCGCGGGGAGCCGUGGCAGGACAAGGAGCGGCGCCUCCGCCAGCGCCUCCGGCGGAUCCUGCCCAUCGACGUUCACCGCCCGGAGCCGCUGGGAGCCCCGCUGCUGCCCCGGGCCGACGCGCUGCUCUCCGCCUUCUGCCUGGAGGCCGUGAGCCCCGACCGAGCCGCCUUCGUGCGGGCGCUGGCCCACGUGGGCAACCUGCUGCGCCCGGGGGGCCACGCCGUGCUGCUGGGGGCCCUGGGCGAGUCCUUCUACCUGGCGGGCCCCGCUCGCCUGCCCGUGGUGCCGCUGGAGGAAUCCGACGUGCGGGAGGCGCUGGCGGCCGCCGGCUUCGCGCUGCGGGAGCUGCGGAGCUACGCGAUGCCGCCCGCGCUCCGCACCGGCGUGGAUGAUGUGGACGGGGUGUUCUUCGCCCACGCGCAGAAACCGCUGGAAGGCUGAGGAGGAGGAGGGGGGGGAAAUCCUCGGGAAACGCCGGGAAAUGCCACACCCCUGCCCGGUGGGAUGGGACGGGGUCGGGAUCGCCUCCGACCCGACAAUAAAGGCCGAGGUUGCGGCA